GUAUUUACUAAGAUCAUUUGGCUAGUAAAGGAAACUUGAAUAAAUUGCUUGAUUAUGUUUCACUUUAAUUAAGCCAAAUCUAACACCGUAAUUUACUAUUCUAGUUGUCAGCUCGACUUUUAAGUCGCUUGGUACUCGUGUGGAUGUCGAAUUUAUUAUACAGGUUUCUAAGAAGAGACUGGAAAGAUGAACACUCGAUUUACAGUAAUCCCUGUCCACAACUCCUCACUUUCGUUAUUACCACCGAAAGUCAUUACUAUGCCACCUUCUAUUCCUGAUCGUAUGGGGAAUAGCAAGAAUCUUGAACCUACUACGGAUGAAAAUAAAGAAAGGGGAAAUUGGUCCACCGGAGCUGAAUUCUUACUGUCAUGUCUGAGUUACGCUGUAGGGCUUGGUAACAUCUGGAGGUUCCCAUACCUUUGUUACAGAAAUGGGGGAGGAGCUUUUCUCAUUCCUUAUGCUAUAAUGUUGGUGUUUGUGGGACUUCCUUUAUUUUUCCUGGAGCUUGCAUUUGGACAGUACGCCAGUGAAGGACCUAUCACAAUCUGGAAGAUUUCACCUUUAUUUCAAGGUCUUGGAUAUGCUAUGUUCUUAAUGUCUACACUGGUGGGUGUAUACUAUAAUAUGAUUUUGGCCUGGGCACUUUUCUACCUUAUUUCUUCAUUGAGCAGCAUUUUACCAUGGAGCUCUUGCGAUAAUUGGUGGAAUACUAUUGCUUGUCAAAAAUUCGACACAAAAAACUGUACUGCUUUGCAUGGAAUCAUAACCGAAAACGGUACCUGUGUUUUCAGACAUCAGGUAUCAAAUGAUACAUGGCUAAGUCUUGAAAAUUCAGUAUCAAAGACGAAAAUGGCAAGCGACGAAUAUUUUCAUAAUUUUGUACUGGACAUAACAGAAGGAUUGCAUGACUUGGGAGGAAUGCGUUGGGAACUUGCAUCUUGUCUGCUUGCGUGCUGGGUAUUCGUUUUCCUAUGCUUGCUGAAAGGCGUCAAAAGCAUGGGAAAAGCGGUUUAUUUCACUGCAUUAUUUCCGUACGUGGUUCUUACAAUCCUUUUGAUUCGUGGUCUUACUCUGAACGGGUCUACAGAAGGCAUUAUGUUUUAUCUUACUCCGGAAUGGUACAGAUUAAAGGAAGCUCGUGUUUGGGGAGACGCAGCAAUGCAGAUAUUUUUCUCUCUGUCUCCUUGUUGGGGCGGUUUAAUCACUCUGGCAAGUUACAAUCGUUUUCAUAAUAACUGCUUUAGAGAUGCUUUGUUUAUUGCUUUCGGGAACUGUGGUACCAGUUUUUUUGCUGGCUUUGUGAUUUUCAGUAUUGUUGGGUUUAUGGCUCAUGAACUUGGAGUUCCUGUGAAUGAAGUAGCAGCUCAAGGUGCUGGAUUAGCAUUUGUCGCAUACCCUGAAGCAGUGUCCAAACUGCCCAUCUCCCCUCUUUGGUCAUUUCUGUUCUUCCUUAUGCUUAUGACGCUGGGACUUGGAACACAGUUUACUAUCAUUGAAACCGUUGUAACAACAAUUGUGGAUACCUACCCAGAUAAAUUAAGACGACGAAAAGCUUGGAUUUUAUCUGCGUCUUGCAUAGUUAUGUUUACGAUGGGUUUACCAAUUUGUACUAAAGGUGGAAUGUAUUUGCUUCAGUUAAUGGACAAUUAUGCUGCGAGUUUUUCAGCUUUGAUUAUUGGACUGAUAGAAGUUACUGUGAUAGCUUGGGUGUAUGGAAUUGAACGCUUUUUAGAUGACAUAAAGUUUAUGUUAGGAAAAUAUCCUUAUCCCUACCAGUACUGGAGACUGUUGUACCGUUAUGUCGUCCCACUUAUGAUUGUUUUUAUUCUAAUAUUUAGCUGGAUUGAUAUGCGCCCAACAGAGUAUGGAAGUUACAUUUUCCCCGGCUGGGCUACAGGACUGGGUUGGGGAAUAUCACUGUUCUCCGUCAGUGCUAUUCCUGUUGUGGCUGUUACAAAAAUCUGGAGAGCAGAUGGUCCUAUAAAAGCGAGAAUCGGGAAUUUGAGCAAACCAACUGCAGAAUGGGGCCCUAAACUCCAACAUCACCGAGCCGAAACACAUGCACCUACACAUACUGAUUCUCAAGUUCCUCUGACCUACCCAAAUUAUGAUCCUGAUGGUUUUGGGAAUGAUGAUGAUUUUGAGAGCAAACUUAGUGAUGCAUACUUAAACGCAGAGGGUCUGCAUAUGACAGUACCUAUACGUGAAACUGGUCUCUAAAAAAUCUAAGCGGAAGUACUUGAAGCAAUUUCUUCACAACUAGUCUGUCAGUCAAUGUGCAUCAUUGUAUGCUAGUUACUGACAUUCGGAAAGAAACCCAUUGUGGUCAAAUUUGAGGUUUAUUCCAGGGAAAGGAAAUUUGUAUUUGAUUUGAGGAGCUACCUGUCAUUUAAUGAUAUCUGAGUGAAUUAAUUGAAAUUGUAUAUGCAUUAAACAGCCCAUUUCAUGUCAACUUUGUUUCAAUAAAUAACCUCAUAUUCAAAUAAUUUUAUAAUUUAUAUAUUUUUACCUUAAUAUUGUUAAACGAUAUAGUUUCGUUUGCAGUUAAAUUUUAAAAUAAUUGCAUUUAAGAGCCUCUUUUGAUUAAUUAUAUACCUUGCUCUUACGAUGUAAUGAUAUUUGUUUUGGUUAUAAAUGUUUUGGUUCGUCAUUAUUUUUUACUGUGUGUACUGAUGUAACUGGUUCUUAAUGUAACGUAUAAGUACGUAACUGAUUAUUUUUGUGAUAUCCGAAAUUUUCCACAUUCUUUAGGCAAUUUAUAGCUCAUAAAACUUUGCUUUAACGCAUAUUUGCUACCUAUAUUUUCAGAAGUAAUCCAAAAAUAUGCUCUAUAAUGAAGAAGAGAGCAUAAGCAAAAAACAAAAGAAAUUUCGUUUAGUUUACGUGUAUUAUAUUUCUUCCUUUUAAUCAGACAUUUCUGAAUUUUACAAGAAUAUUUUGCAGAGAUUUGCAAACCCUAUUGAGUUUUAUGUAAUACUGAAAAUAUUUCAAAUUUGUAAAUGGAGAUCAUAUAUUCUAAAAUACAUACUUUUACUCGAUGAAAAGAACUUGUAUGGAAAAGGGGGGAACGGUUUAUUUGCAAAUGAAAUUUUGGAAAUUUGUGUCCAAAUUUUACUAAUAAAAUUAAUAGAAUAUUUUGAAGACUAUUUUCAGUACAAAGUAUACCUUAGCAGUAUUCUUGUUACUUCUUUUUUAUUAUAUUCUUACUUUCAUUUAUAACAUUUUAGUAUUUUAAAUCGCAAUUGAUUUUAAAUGUAACUUCAAAAUUUUAUAAUUAGAUUUAUAUUAACCAAUCUUAUUUAUUCUGUCUUUUAAUAAUGUUUAUUUUCUGUCUUUUAACUGGUAUAUUAUUUUACCUUUUAACUAAUUUUAUGAUACCAUACAAAAAUGUAUAUUUGAUUACUUUCCUAAUUUUAUUGCGUUUUCCCAUACGUAAAAAUAAAAAUUGUUUGUUUUGGCUAAAGAUGCUAUUUGGCUUUUCUGAGGGAAAAACCUUUGUAUAUGCUUUCGAUAACUGUAUAUAAUCAUUUAUAUAUAUAUAAUCAUUUUCAUUGUUUUCAUCUUUUAUGUUGAUGUUUUAUUUGUACAGCCGUUUAAGGUUUUUUUUAAAGAAUGUAUCUAGUUUUGUGUUUUACGUUUAAUUUUUAUAUAAACUGUUGUAUUGUUUACCGCAUUUAUGAUGAUGAUAUAAGUUCACAUUCCUUUGAUAAACUCACUAGUUAAAUUUGGCAAACCAAUAAUUAAAAUUCCUUUGCAUAAAUUUACCCACUUCCUAUAUUUAAUAUAUCGACUGGCACAAAAUAAACCGAAUUGGAUACGGAAGGCUUAACUUGCUUUGGGUUCGGUUUAUCUAGGGCCACCAGAUAUUUAUUUUAUGGCAUUACUAUAAGAAUAAUCAUUCUAAAAUAUAAACGAAUUCCUGUGUAAGAAAAAUGGCAAUAUGAAUUUUAAAAUAAAUUAAUCAUUAAAUGCAAGGAUGUCAUUAAGGUCAUUUUAAUCUCAUUCAGUUUAAAGUAAUAAAAUUCAGUCGUUUUCUGCAAGAAAUAAUAAUUUUAUAAUAAUAUCAAGUUAUAACGUAAAAUUACAAAAUGAAGUAGAUAAUUGUAUAAUCUAGAAAAAUUAAACUUGAUGAAAUUCUUUAUUACCUUUGAAUAAUAAUAUAAAUUAAAUAGCGGCUGCUUGCAAAAGUUUGUCCAAUUUUUAAAAUAUAUUUAUAAAAUUAAUGUAUACAUAUACAUAUUCAAUAUGACUAAAAACAUGCAUAUUUAUUUUUCAUAUCGUCCGACAAAUGAGCGAGUCUUUGACGUGAAAUUCAUUUCUCUCAAAUUACGAUCUUCCUGAAUGCGGUUAAUAUUCAAUUUCGCCUUUUCUCCACUUAGUAAACAGCUUCCCAUUAGCAUUGACAAACCCCAUAUACUUUCCAAAUGGUCAUUCCUCCUCCCUCAGCAACAGCCUUUUUUUUGCUCCUAUAAUAGAACAAGAUUUUGUUACUUAAAGUAACUUAGGUAAAUUUCUAAGAUUAUUUUCUUUCUAAAAUACUUUCCUAAACCAAGAAAUUUCGUCAAAGGAGUUUUUUUAAAAAAUGUCUAACUAAUAAUUUAUGCUAUACGACAAGCUUUUGCAAGGACUAAUAUUUGUUUGUGUUGCACUAUAAUCAGUUAUGCACACUUUAGUCUGUAAAGUGCUGUUAUUUAUAUAUGCAUAUUGUUGGUUGUUUACUAAAGUUUCCCAUAAAUUCGUCAAUAGAAUUGUGUAAUAAUUAUAUUGUAAAUAAAAUGUAUAUCUUCAUC